AUGUCGGUUAAAAUAUUGGUCGGCCCAGUUGCUCUGCCUCAAUUCAGAGUUGAGAACCUUGUGGAUGGUAUAAAUCAGUACACGAACAGUACUUCGGUCAUCAACGAGGUGCGCUCUUGUUAUAUCCAUUAUGUUGAUGUGAAGGGCGAUCGCGAGUUGACUGCUGAUGAUUUAAAAUUGCUAGAAGCUCUUUUAACAUAUGACUAUGCCUUAGAUAUCGAGAAUGAUGAAUUAUCCAGAGUUUUGUACGAUGCUGUGAUGGGCAAUGUGUCUGGAACUGGAUUGGGGGACGACUUGUAUUUGAUCAGAGUGGCUCCAAGAAAGGGUACUAUUUCGCCAUGGUCUUCUAAGGCUACGAAUAUCACGUCUGUUUGUGGUUUAGACGAUAGAAUCGGCCGUGUUGAGAGAGGUUUAGCUCUUUUGAUCAAGACUGUCCCGGGCUUUCCACUGUUGGAGAACCUGAAUGACGUUUCUCUGAAACCUGUGUUCGACAGAAUGACGCAGCACUUAUAUUUGGACGCUCCACCAAGUGCCGAGGAUAUUUUCCUGCACGACACUCCAAGAGCUUUGGUUCAUGUGCCGUUAGUCUCAGGGUCUGCCAAAUCCUCCCCGAAGGAAACCUUGGAGAAGGCCAACGUGGAGAUGGGUUUGGCUCUGGAUAACGGUGAAAUGGACUAUCUGGUUGGAGCCUUUUCCGAGACUCUCAAAAGAGAUCCUACCGACGUUGAGCUCUUUAUGUUUGCCCAAGUUAACUCUGAGCACUGUCGCCACAAGAUCUUCAAUGCUGACUGGACUAUUGACGGACUGAAGAAGAAGUUCACACUUUUCCAGAUGAUUAGAAAUACCCACAAAUUGACACCAGACUUUACGUUGAGUGCUUACUCCGACAACGCCGCCGUCCUGGACACCGGAAACGACGCCUAUCACUACGCGCCAGAUUAUGCUACCAAGAAAUGGACAGCAAUCAAAGAAAAAGUGCCCAUGUUGAUUAAAGUUGAGACUCACAACCAUCCAACAGCUGUGUCACCUUUUCCAGGUGCUUCUACUGGUUCGGGAGGUGAGAUUAGAGAUGAGGGUGCUACAGGAAGAGGUUCCAAAUCGAAAUGUGGCCUAAGUGGAUUUUCUGUUAGCGAUUUACUAAUUCCAGGACACCAGCAGCCAUGGGAGUUGGAUGUGGGCAAGCCUUCUCAUAUUGCUUCAGCUUUAGACAUUAUGAUUGAAGCACCAUUAGGUUCUGCGGCUUUCAACAACGAAUUUGGUAGACCAUGCAUUAACGGUUAUUUCAGGACCUUAACGACCAAGGUCAAGAACAGCGAAGGCAAAGAAGAAAUAAGAGGUUUCCACAAGCCUAUCAUGAUUGCGGGUGGCUUCGGUGCUGUCAGACCUCAGUUUGUUCUCAAGAAUAAGCCUAUAACACCUGGAUCUCAAUUGAUCGUCUUGGGAGGACAGUCCAUGCUCAUUGGCUUAGGUGGUGGAGCCGCUUCAUCCUUGGCUUCUGGUGAAGGUUCAGCUGAGCUGGAUUUCGCCUCCGUUCAAAGAGGUAAUCCAGAGAUGGAACGUCGUUGUCAACAGGUGAUCGAUGCUUGUGUCUCCCUUGGAGAGAACAGUCCAAUUCAGUCUAUUCAUGAUGUUGGUGCAGGUGGUCUCUCUAACGCUUUACCUGAACUAGUUCACGAUAAUGACUUGGGUGCUGUUUUCGACAUUAGAAAAGUUCUCUCCUUGGAGCCAGGUAUGUCCCCAAUGGAAAUCUGGUGUAACGAAUCGCAGGAACGUUAUGUCCUAGGUGUGGCACAGAAAGACUUGGCAAUUUUUGAAGAGAUUUGCAAAAGAGAAAGGGCCCCAUACGCAGUGGUUGGUCAUGCCACAGCUGAACAGAGACUGAUUGUCAAAGAUCCUUUAUUGAAUGAGACCCCAAUUGAUUUGGAAAUGGCUAUCUUGUUUGGCAAACCUCCUAAGAUGUCUAGAGAGGCUGUUACUGCUGAUCUCCAAUUGCCAGAAGCAGAUUUGAGUGUCAUUCCUUCGAUUGACGAUGCAGUGGAGAGAAUCCUACGUUUACCUGCAGUCGGUUCCAAAUCCUUCUUGAUAACUAUUGGCGAUAGGACUGUUACAGGCUUAAUCGAUCGUGAUCAAUUUGUUGGUCCAUGGCAAGUUCCAGUAGCAGAUGUUGGUGUCACUGCGACAUCGCUUGGUCCAUCUAUCAUCAAGACUGGUGAAGCCUUAGCGAUGGGUGAAAGACCAAUCAGCGCUCUGAUCUCUGCAGCUGCGUCUGCCAAGUUAUCCGUUGCUGAAUCUCUGCUAAACUUAUUUGCCGCUGAUGUCAAAUCUCUGAAACAUGUUAAGCUAUCUGCUAACUGGAUGUCGCCAGCGUCUCAUGCGGGAGAAGGAGCCAAACUUUACGAGGCCGUCCAAGCUCUAGGUUUGGAUUUAUGUCCUGCCCUUGAUGUCGCUAUUCCUGUUGGUAAGGACUCAAUGUCGAUGAAAAUGAAGUGGAGUGACAAUGAAGUCACUGCUCCUUUGUCUUUGGACAUUACUGCUUUUGCACCAGUGUCUGACACUUCGAAGACAUGGACUCCUCUACUGAACAAGAACGUUGAAGAUUCCGUUCUUGUUCUCGUUGACUUGGCUGCCUCGCAAAAGCAAGCAUUAAUGGGCGGCUCUGCACUUCUGCAGGUCUACAAGCAAGUAGGUAACGCUUCCCCAACAGUACAUGAGAAUGAGGUCUUGAAGGGUUUCUUAACAGCACUUUUGGAAUUGCACAAAACUGAUAUUGUAUUGUCUUACCACGAUAGAUCUGAUGGUGGUUUAUUCGUUACUGUGUUGGAAAUGGCUUUUGCCUCCAGAUGUGGUUUGACCGCUGUUGUUAAGGCGUCUUCUCACGAAGACAUCCUAGCAUCAUUAUUUAAUGAAGAGCUAGGUGCUGUUUUCCAAGUUUCACAGGCAGAUCUGGAACAUUUCAAAAGCAUCUUGGAGAAGAAUGGAGUUUCCAACGACUUUGUUUCUGUGGUCGGUAAGCCAGAUUUCAGAUCUCAAACCAUCAAGGUUAUUGACACUGAAGGUAAACAUCUAUAUGAAAGCACCAGAGGCCAUCUGCAACAGCUGUGGAGUUCUACUUCUUUCGAAAUGCAGAAGCUAAGAGAUAACCCCAAGUCAGCGGAGGAGGAGUUUUCUGCCAUCAAAGAUGACAAGGAUCCUGGUCUACAUUUCUCUUUACGUUUUGAUCCGACUGAUGACCUAAGAAUUGGUGCAGAACUGUCAAAUGUCAGACCUAACGUUGCCAUUUUGAGAGAACAAGGUGUUAAUGGUCAAAUGGAAAUGGCAUGGGCUUUCGAGCAAGCAGGUUUCAACUCCAUAGAUGUAACAAUGACAGAUCUCUUGGAAGGCAGAGUUCAUCUUGAUGACUUCGUCGGUAUCGCUGCCUGUGGUGGGUUCUCGUAUGGUGACGUCCUAGGUGCCGGUGCUGGUUGGGCAAAGUCCGUGUUGUAUCAUGAGGGCGUUCGUGCUCAAUUUGUCAAGUUUUUCCAGGAGAGAGAGGAUACAUUUGCCAUUGGUGCUUGUAACGGUUGUCAGUUCUUGAGUAGAUUAAAGGAAAUCAUUCCGGGAUGUGAAAACUGGCCAAGCUUUGAAAGGAACAUUUCCCAAUACGAGGCCCGUGUCUCUAUGGUUCAAAUUUCUCAAGAAAAUGAUAAUGAGAGUAUCUUCUUGAAUGGCAUGACAGGCUCUAUGCUACCUAUCGCAGUAGCCCAUGGUGAAGGUAGGGCCACUUUUGUUUCCAAAGAACAACAAGAUGCCUUUGAGAGCCAAGGCCUAUGUGCUAUAAGAUACAUAGACAAUUAUGGAAAUGUGACGCAAAGGUACCCAUACAAUCCAAAUGGCUCUACUAACGCUAUCGCUGGUAUCAAGUCACCAAACGGUAGAGUUUUGGCAAUGAUGCCCCACCCAGAAAGAGUCUGCAGAUUGGAAGCCAAUUCAUGGUACCCACAAGACAAAUAUGAAAAAUGGGGAGGAUACGGCCCUUGGAUUCGUCUCUUCAGAUCGGCCAGAAGAUGGAUCGGUUGA